AUGGUACUGCGGAGCGACGGAAGAUGCUUUAAUUGGCAAUGUGAGGCAGACGACUUGUCCGGCUACUUCUACGAUGAUCUCACAACCUAUAUCGAUAGAGAUACCUGUCUUGGGCCAUGCUUGGAACAAUGUUUCGAAAGGAAAAUUACUGCAGGGCAGCUUGAAGCCAUGGCAUGGUUGUUAGGGUUCUGGAUUGGUGAUGGUUGCAGAGAAGGAGCAAGAUUCGCUUUGCACUCUGAAGACCAUGAUGUGAACACCAGACUUGAGAAGAAUGCAGACGUUUGGGGUAUGACUCUCAGAAUCGAGCGUCAGAAGGAGGGCUUGGGGGAAGUAGGAUUCCUUCACACCUAUAAUGGCGCGGUACGUUAUUGGAACGUAAACAACCCGCUUGUGAAGGUUCUGGAAGGAUUAAAAUUCUACGAAAAUGGACAACGAAAUGGUCUGAAGAGCGUUCCACUAUUCAUGCAAACAGAGCAAAUAGUGGUGCGUGAAGCCUUUCUCGCAGGAUUGAUUGAUUCGGACGGCCAUUGCCGUAUCCGUUACGGAUGUAUUUCUGUGCAAAUUGCAACUGUCUACCGGCCUAUUAGAGACGGGAUAACCUUCAUAGGUCGUUCUCUUGGUUUGACUGUCUCCACCCAUUUCUGUGGCGCUCACUUUUAUGAACGUCAUGGACAAAAUAGGAGUGAUACAUGGUAUUUCCACUUAUAUGGUAGGACAAAUGAUGAAACACUCUGGUCGAUACUGAACAGAUGCUCUUGUGAAAGGAAGCGAAACCCGCAAAUCCAGCACUGCAGGGACAGAGAUUUUGAAGAAUUUGACUCCGAUUACCAAGCGGAGGAAAAUGAAAAUGAUCCUGAGGACAAUGACGAUUUAUCAGGUAUAAGGGAGAGCUUUGAAGAUGAUCUUGAAGAUGAUCCGGAAGAACAACAAGAUGGCACACUCAAUUUUGGCAAGUUCAGGUUUGAAAUUAUCCCAGGUCGUAAAGAUGCUGUCAUAGGACUGGUACUGUCGGGUACCUCUAACCGAACUUUUGUCACGGAUGAUCAGAUUGUAUGUGCAGCUGCCGAAUUGGUUACGGAAAGACUUGAAUUGAGUACGGAAAGACUUGAAUCAAGACCGUAUUUCAGAAGGAGGUGCCUAUCAUGCCGUACAGAAACAGCAUCAAAGUGGUACAAGGUUCCCUGGUUGGGGGAUGUUCUAGACAGGUUAUGCAGGGCCUGUUGGGUUGCUUAUUCGCGCACUCACAUGCGUUGUAGCAACGAUCUUUGCAACUGGGUCUUCAGGAGAAGGGAAGUUGCUCCUCGCCGGUGUAAGCGAUGUAGGAGUAGUCCACUGCAGGGAUGA